AUGUCUUUUUUAACAAGACCAAGCGUUGCUAUCGCUAUUGUAUUUGGUUGUUUUGCUGUUCUUGUACCACGAAUUUUCCUACCAUUACUUCGUUCUCAAUCAUCUGUGCCAUCACAUAAUAUGAAUGAUCAUUUUCGACGACCAUCAUCAUCACAAAUGCGUCUUAAUGAUGACGAUCAUACAACUGAACAUAAUUCCGAUUCAUCUUCACAUAUGCAUUCCGCACAUCCUAAUAUGCGAAUGCGUCAAGCAGAUGCUGAUAAUCGACAACCAGCAACAAUAGAUAAAAGUAAUUCAAAAUUAGGUGUUACUUUUGCAUUACCAAUGUAUACUGUUGGUAUUGGAGUAUUCUUCCUCUACACUUGUUUCAAAUAUUGGCCAAAGCGAAAUACUGACGAAACUAAAAUAAAACUUCGUUAUUCAACUGAUAAUAUUCAAUGGAAUGCUCAACAAAAAAAAUUUAAAUAUAAUAUGAAUACUCGUUAUCAGCCGGAUGAUGAAGAAAUUGAAGAAGAUUUAUAUGCUGGAUUAGAUCCUGACUAUGUUGAAUAUUUAAGACUAAAAAAACAGAAAGAAAUUGAUGCAGAACAAACAUUGACAACGGAACAAAAGCAAAUGCAUAAUACUCUUGAUGAAAUGAAAAAUUCAUUAUCAUUUAUAAGUUCAAAACUUGGAGCAAGUCAACCAAGAAAUAAAUUAACUAAUAAUGAAAUAUCUCAAUUACAAAAUCGUCUUGCUACAACUGAAGCUCAAAUGUGUAAAAUUUUAAAUGCACUUGAUGCUGCUUCAAAUGAAAUGAGUAAAUUAACUAAAAAUACUCGUCAAACUCUGGAACAACCACAACAGAUUUUUAUUGGUAAAGAAGAAUCUCAUCAUCUAUCAUCAAGAUCACAAAGUGAAAGUGAAAAUAGUAUAAAUAAUGAAGAAAAUUCUAAUAGUGAUGAGAAUUCUACUCAUGAAGAUGAACAAUUAAAUAAACCAGAAGAAAAAGAUGAAUAUAGUUCAUCAUCAUAUGAAGAUGAAGAAGAAGAAAUACGUCAUGAAGAAGAUAAUGAUAGUGAAUCAGAUUCAGCAUCUGAACGUUAUGGUAUAAUGACAACUAAUUAUGAGUGUGAUCCGACGACAAUUGAUGAUUAUGAAUUAAAUAUAAUAAAAAAACCAGAACAAACAACUGAUAGUCGAACUAAAGUACAAGAAUGGCAUGAACGUAAUCAUUCUCAAUCAUUAAGUAGUAAUUCAUCAACAGAACAAGAUCAAACUAUACCUAAUGAGGAAUAA